ACAAUUAGAAGGCCCAAUUUGUAUUAAUUCGGGCCCAUAAACGUGCAGUUCAGUUUAGACGUGCGGCCCAUUUUCGAAAUUCAGCUCUUCCCGCGGCCGAUUUCGAUAUUCAUCGCAGUCACACGACACUUGAAACGCUUCAGGAAGAGGACUAGUUCUUAGGGUUUGCUGCAAUUUGCACAACACGCCGAAAUUUUCUUCACUGGCGUAUCAUUCAUUGGUGAAAUCUCCUAAUUUGCUUAUAAUUUUCUCAUCUCUAGUGAACUCUCGAAUUGAUGCAUUGAAUUUCUUGCCUCCAAUCUCGUCUCUCCGAUGUCCGGCUCUUGUAAGAAUUGCCACAGCAGGUCCCUCUUCCGAGACGAUGUUUCCGGCAACCUGAUUUGCUCCUCCUGCGGUAUUGUUCAGGAAUUUGACAAUUAUGAGGCUCAGCUUUCCGGUAUCAAUGGUCCACUGGGCACAUUCGUCCGAGUUGGAACAUCAGGUUCGGGCAGCGUUUUGAAUUAUAAGGACAAGAAAAUAUUUGAGGCUCAAAAAAUUAUUGAAGAUAUUACGUUUAGGUUAGGAUUUUCUGCUUCCAAAUCCAAUGAUGUUAGGAUUUUAGUAUCGACGAUUACAGAGGGUGAGUAUGGAUUAGGUGAUUGGUUCCCAAUUCUCGUUGGUGCUUGUGCGUACGUUUCUAUGCGUAAGGAUAAUCGACCAUUACCAAUGUCGGAGGUUGCAUCGGCCGUCGAAUGUGAUCUUCAUGAACUUGGCAGAAUGGUUAUCAGAGUUGUUGAUUUUUUGGAUUUGAAAGGCCCUGAGUUUCCAGUGUUUGAUAUUGUCGGGUCAUUGGAGCGGGCCACCAGGAAUUCACCGUCUUUCUCAAGAGUAGAUGCAGAUAUUCUUGAGAGAAUUGUUAAGCAAGGAAUCUUUUUGUUACAGUGUGCUAUGAAAUGGUUUCUGACGACUGGGCGGCAACCACUACCGAUGGUGGCUGCCGUGUUGGUUCUGGUGUCGAAAUUGAACGAGGUUGAUGUUAGUAUUGACAAUGUAGCAAUGGAGGUUCAUGCCAAGGUUUCAACAUGUAAGAAGAGAUACAGAGAACUUCUGGAGGCACUUGUGAAAGUUGGCAAAAAGUUGCCUUGGGGAAAAGAUAUCACAACAAAGAAUAUUGUAAAGAAUGCUCCUUUUGUGAUUCAAUAUAUGGAAUUGAAAUCAAUGUCAAAUGCCAGUGGUAAGGGGAAGGAUUUGGAGAAUGUGGGGGUUGAUUUGCAGUCUGCAGUGAGUGAGUGUUUAAGAAAAGAGCUAGAGUAUGAGAGUGAGGUUAACAAUUUAGAAGAUGAUUCUCAGUAUUUUGAGUUACAAGGCAGUAGUUGGCGUGAUGAAUCGAGUUGUGAUAAUGGGAACAGGCUCAAUAUUUCUCAUGAAUGUUUAUCCUUGAUCUACCAUAAAUUCUUAGAUGAAAUGGCUCAUCUCAAGUCAUCAGGCGGGAUUAACGAGGUCUAUGGAAGAAAACAGGGAAGAAAAGCUGGUUUUUACUCGAGUACGGAGUGGUGGGAGGGGAAAUCAGAAUUAAGCAAAAAGCUUCUCUUGCAGCAAUUAUUGGAGAUUGAUAUAGGGUCGCAGGGUAUCCCACCAUCGUUUGUUUCUAGUUGCAAUGCAUACAAAAGGAGGAAGGAGAAAAUAAUUGCUGCUAAGAAGAGAAUCCAGAGGAUUAUGCUUCCUUCAAAUGCUCCAAUAGGUGAUGUAAAUAUUGAGAAGAAAAGAAAGCGUAAGGGAACUAAUGGUAUAGAAUGGGAAGAUAUAAUAAUCGAAACCCUUCUUCUUCAUGGCGUGAAGGAGGAGGAAAUUGAGAAAGGCCAUUACAAUGCUUUGUUGGACUUGCAUGUCUUCAAUUGUUGAAAUUCUUAGAUGUUUUUUCUGCAUGGAGACGAUAUAGAAAGUGUAUAGAAAUGUAUAGGCAAAGGCACGAGUAACUGAGAAAUGAAGUAUAUAGUUACAAAUCUUAUUAUAGUAUUGUCCAUUAACAGAAAGAGAAGUUAUCCCUCGCUUGAUAUUGUUGAUUGACAAAGAUCUAGGAUAUUCAUCUAUGAAUUCAGUAGAUUAUAACCAUUGCUUUGGAA